UUCAGAUUGUUUCCAUGGAAACCCGGUUGCACCAGCUUGCUCAGCCCAAACCCAACCAGCUCCAGUUCCCGGACCGUCGCUCUGUUUACUGGCUGGAGAAGCUGCCACCAGAAACAACCAGGUCCACCACCAAAAUAGAGUUAACGCCUCGUUGGUCUGACCUAUGCAAAACUAAAAAGUUCUACACCAAAGUCACAGUUUCUCCCGUGUGGGAGGUGAGUGAGUGGGCUCUACAAUUUGAGCCCUCCAAACGGUUAUGCAGCAUGGCAGAGCCUCGAGCCCCUGUGGCUGGCUGGCAGCCAGAUCGUCCUCUGCUGGCUCCUCUGAGCAGAGCCAGUCUGAGAGCAGAGGCCUCCACACGGAUUUGCCAGCUCGCCCAGCCAAUGAGAAGGCAGGUUCUGGAGGGAUCCAGCUGCAGAUCUAAACCUUUAUCCCUGACUCACUUGGCCUCCAAAGCCUCAGCACACAUAGAGCUACUCGCCACACCAAAACACAACCACCCCAAGUUUGAAGGAGAGUGCUCAGCAUGUUGGCCCAUUUCCAGAGCGGCCAGAAGAUAUGUGCCCACCCAGAGACUUCUGGACUUGUCCUGUCCCAAAGAGAGGACAGCUCUGUUUGAAGCAUACGACCCAUACGCGGUCAGCCGGGCAGCCCGCUCGGCCGCCCCGUCUCCUCGGAUAAAGGAACUCUGUUUGCCUCUACCUCGUAAAUGUAGCUCA